UGGUCACGCACGGUAUGUCACAUGAUAAGCAAAGACGUUGAUGUAGACUCUGCCGCUCUGUCUUGUAUGUCCGAGACAGUGCAGUUUUCAUCGAAAAAGUGGGAUCAAGAAGAGUUGUUUUAACUGACUGGAGAUAGCAUUUCUGAAAUGUCUUCUUUGGAAGAGGGAUCAGGCUUUGGAGGGGAUGAGCGGUACUGUGUAGUAGGCUCCUUCCCCCAGGAGUUUCACUACUCACAAGAAGGACACAAUGGAGAAGUGAAGGUAUCCGACUCUGAUGCAAGACCAAGAAUCUUGCUCAUGGGUCUCAGAAGGAGUGGGAAGUCAUCAAUACAGAAGGUAGUUUUCCACAAGAUGUCCCCGAAUGAAACAUUAUUCUUGGAGAGCACCAAUAAGAUUGUAAAAGACGACAUCAACAACAGUUCCUUUGUCCAGUUCCAAAUUUGGGACUUCCCCGGUCAGAUGGACUUCUUUGAUCCAGCGUUCGAUUCUGAAAUGAUCUUCGGCACAUGUGAAGCACUGGUCUACGUCAUUGAUGCUCAGGAUGACUACAUGGACGCCCUUGCCAAGCUCCACGUGACCGUCUCUAGAGCCUACAAGGUCAACCCCAACAUCAAGUUCAAGGUUUUCAUUCACAAGGUGGACGGCCUCUCAGACGAUCACAAGAUCGAGACGCAACGAGACAUCCAUCGGAGAGCCAACGAGGAUCUGGCCGAUGCAGGGCUGGAGUGUAUUCAUCUAAGUUUCUACCUGACGAGUAUCUACGAUCACUCUAUCUUUGAGGCUUUCAGUAAGGUUGUGCAGAAGCUCAUCCCUCAGCUGCCAACCCUGGAGAACCUCCUCAACAUUCUCAUUUCAAACUCUGGGAUAGAGAAGGCAUUCCUCUUUGAUGUUGUGAGUAAGAUCUACAUCGCCACAGACAGCUCUCCUGUCGACAUGCAGUCCUAUGAGUUAUGUUGUGAUAUGAUUGAUGUCGUCAUUGACGUCUCAUGUAUCUAUGGUGUGGAGAGAGAAGGAGAUGAGAGUGCGUACGACUCUGAGUCUAGCUCCAUCAUCAAGCUCAACAAUUCUACUGUACUCUACCUGAAAGAAGUCAACAAAUUUCUUGCCCUAGUGUGUUUACUCCGAGAAGAUAACUUUGACAGACAAGGUCUGAUAGAUUACAACUUUCUCUGCUUCAAGAAGGCCAUCGAGGAGGUGUUUGCAAUCAGGGAGAAGGCCAACGGAGUGGAGAGAGGCGCAGACUAUGCAGCAUUAACAAGUGACUCUCUAGACAACACCCAAGCUAAUGGACUCGUGGCAACAAAAUCAUGAAAGCAGACACCACCUGCAACAAAUUAUCCAUGACAAACUCAUGAGCCAUCAAUCUUCUGGCAGUGAAAUCAUGGGAGUGGUCACUCCUGGAAAACUGGUGACCUAUCCUCGAACUAAUGGACUUCUAGGAGCAAAAUAAUGGGAGCAAUCAAUUCUGUGAAAAUAAGUCAUCAUGGAAAAAUCCACAGAUCAAUGGACUUUUGGCGGUGACGUUAUGACAGCUGUCACUCAGGUUAAGCAAGUGACCACGGGGACAAUCCACAAACAAUGGUCAUCAAACAACAAAAUUAUAAGAGUGGUCUCCUCUUUGAAGGAAGUGACUCCUGAAAAGUCUGUGAUCAAGGAAUGAAACAAAAAGUUGUUAUCAAAUCUUUGCAGAACCCAUCAUUUGCUGUGUUUAAAGCGGGACUGCACUUCUUGUAGCUACUUGCCCCUCUAUAUAGCCAACACUGCCUAAGCGGUACCUGUUGGUCCCCCAUGGUCCCCUUUUUCUUUUUUUAAUUGAGAGCUGAUUUGAUGAGAUAACCACUUGCCAAUGACCGAGCAGGGAGGUCUAAUCCCUCUGGUAUUGCUGAUAGGCUUUAAGAAGAUUUGAGAAGGUUAACGUGCUCAAAGAUUCAGGCUUGUGUGUUGUACCCUUCAGCCUCGAAGAUCUGAUAGGAUGGCAGUAGUUUAAGAAUUGGCAAACUUUCCUGCAGUCUCUCUUUAAAUUGGCAUGUGUGCAUGGUACAGUCAAACCUGCUUUAGGGACCACUUGCAUCGAAAGUCCACCUGUCUAUAAAGACUACUAGAGUGGUCUUUAUAUACAGGUUUAACUGUAACAAGAUAACUAUUUCAUGGACCCCUUGAUUUUAUUUACGGAUUUGUUUGAAACCCAUUUGGUGCUGUAUAUCUGAGUACUUACAAGAUUGUUCCUGAAAGUGUUUUGUGAACAGAAGUGAAAGAACUGCAAACAAAGUUACCGCCAUUGCGUAGGCUAUUAAACAAGGUGGUUUGUGUAUUAAGCUUAUGGGAAUGAAAGGUUGAUUGUCUACUUCUUAAACUUCUCACUUGUCAUUUCUGAAUAUCAUAAUUUUGUCAGCAUAUGAAUUCAAUUUAAAAACAGAGAAGCAAAUCUUGAAUGUAUUUAUCGUGAUCAAAAGUCAGAAUUGUGUUGCACAUAACAGGAACAUUGAAGACACUCGAGACAGUCUAAGAAUUUGCCGUAAUUGUCCUUUUGAAAAUUAUAUUGCAGAAUGAAUCUGAGAGUGUUGUAAGAAACCAUUUGUACAUAUUAUGCAAAUUUAUAAAAAUUUUAUAUAUAUAUAUAUGUGAGAAAAGUAUGCCUGUUUUGCAUUUGUAAGUAGAUAACCAUGUGUAGAAUGAGGUGUACCUAUAAAGAUGAAGUCCAAUACUUUUCUGAUAGAACCAUUUGCUAUUCUUUGUUAAGAAUUAUUUGAUUAAGUUGUAUGCACUCUUGAGUCUUGAAUGCAUUGAACCUAUUUAUUCUGUUCUAAUAUCCAAUAUAUUGCUUACAUACGUGUUAUCUCCUUUUUUGUGAGUUUGAGUUUGGAUUAAUUUCUGUGAAAGAUACUGUGAACCACAAACUUAUUUGCAUGAGGCUUUCACAUGAAACUAUUGCAGAAAGAAAUAGCGCUGCAUAUAGGCAAACAUUUCAUGCCACACAAUUAUUGAAUUAUAAUAUGUAAUUUAUUCAAUUUUGCAGGAGUUUCUUGCUGCCAAAAUGGCCUUUGUUGACAGCUUGCUAAAUUCUCAAUCUGUGAAAUUGUCUGGUUUCACAGUAAUCAGAUUUGCUUGGCGUAGACAGCUGAAAUACUAAAUUUCAAAGAGAAACAUAGGAUUACUAUUACUUUAUACCAUAGUUAAAGGAUUGUUAUUAUUACAACUAUUUAUUCAAUUAUAGUGUAACUGUUUAAUGAAUACAUGCAUAUUCCUACCUUAAGAAAAACAGUAUAUUGUUUUUCAAUAUAUUUUUUAUUAAUGGUUUGUUAAACUAAUAUAUUCAAGAUACUAAAAUUUCAACAAGAUGGAACAUACAAAAGGCUUUAAACCUUUUAUUUGUUAUUCAUGAUAGUAUUAAUGUAGAUUUUUUUUCAAUAUCCAUGAAAUUUAUAAAUAUAAAAAGAAGUCUGUUCUAAUGAGCAAGUGCUUGAAAAAUGACACAAUUGCUGUGAUUAUAGGAGAAAUAAAUUCCUGGGAAAGUUUUAAAAGUGCAAUUCAUCACUCCUUUUUCUCUGUAUUAGUAGUACAGAAAGUCAUAGGAUUUUGUAGUUAAAUUUCUGAGUUUUAUCACAACUCUGCAUAUGUUGUCUGUUUAUUUUGUCCAUCUUUUAUUGUCUCUUUUAGAGAGAAAUGUUUCCUUCCUCAUUCUUCUCUUAAAUCCAUGAUAUUUUGCAUGUUCUACUUACUUUUGUUUUUCUAUGUUAUCAUUGUUUUUUCUUUCGUUUUGAUGUAUACUCAAGAUACUUUAUGUCCCUUAUGUGCUCUUUUGCUUUUACAGUAGUUAAUGUGCUGAAUACUAACAAAAAAGAGAGAUGAUGAAAUAAUACUUGGACUACUUUUUGAAAAUGUGUGUGAAGUGAAAACUAAAUUUUCUCCAACAGGAUAAAGUAAAUUACCUCAUCCCCCCACUAUCAAUAUGUGGUAUAUUCAUGUUCUUCUGAGCUUACUUACAAGCUCUGAACAUGACUUAUAUACCCUUAUUUGGCCUAUCUAUGAUUAUUGAUGAAUUCAGCGAGUUUUUUUUAAUCACAAAUGUUUGGAUUUUAAAAUCCUCUAUAUUCACUAUAACAUUAUUGCACUUUGAAGUCUUCAGUAAAUUAACGUAAGGACAAUUUGUGUACCCUACUUUAUCGCCAAUAGAAAUCAUGUCUGGGCUAUGUGUUUCAUUGUCAUAUCUGCACCUUUCAAAAGGUAAUGCACAGGUCUGAAAUUGCUAUUUGGUUGGAUUUUUUUAGUCUUUUCAAUCACUUUGUGUUUUAAAUGGGCCAUUUACCAUGAUCAUCAAAAUUUAUGUGCUAAACCGGUGAUUUUGACUACUCUACUGAUUUUUGUAAAGGGACAAAUUUGAGACAAGUCAUUGUGAAAAUGUUUGUUUUUCAUUGUUGAUAAUCUUUCACAUGAUCUGCUUACCAAUGCAGCAAUAAGAUGUACACAUUUUGUAUAAAUAAUUCAUGAAUAUACAUAAGGUUUAAGUUUUGUACAAUUUUAGUGUAAAAAUCAUUUAUUGUUAAUAAAAGAAGGGAAAACGAGAGAAGGAACAA